AAGGACUUCUUUGCAAAUGGCUGGCACAACUCGAAAUAACACAAAAAGUACUGGGAUACGGCGUUCCCGGACAGGCUGCCACAACUGUAAGCGGCUAAAGAUCAAAUGUGAUGAAGCCAAACCAAAAUGCUCUUAUUGUGUCAAGACAGAGUCUACAUGUGAUUACUCCAUCAAGUUGACCUGGGGUGGUAGACCCUACAAAGACGCCAACAAACGCCAGAACGGCCAUUUUGACACGUACCGGGAAUCUCCUCAGCUUUCGGACUUCAUUACAAAAAGUGAAUCGCAGACCCCACUUGAUAUCGAGUCUCCUCCGUCGUUUAACACUCCUGGCGGUAUUUCCAUUCUCAGUCCUCAACAAGUAUUCAUCCAGACAGGACUAGGGAGUCUGAUGGGUACAAGCCACCCAGAUCUGCAAUUCGGUCACCCAAACGGAAUUGAACACCAAUCAGAGUCUCAUCCUCCACCCCAGAAAAAGGACUCUCUAUCGUCACUUUUACUCAAUAUGCCCGACUUGUCCACGGGAAUAGAGAGCUUAUCGAAUGCUUUGGAAAAGGUUGUGGAUGGAGGAGGCCAGUUUGGCUUGCAUAACUCGGAGAUCUUCAAUCGGUUUUUGUCUUCGAACAUCGACGACAUCACUGGAUCCAAUUUCAUGAUUCCACCUGAACCCCAUGAGGAUGUGGUCAAGGCAGUCGAUGCCCCGUCUCUGGAUGAUGAGUUUCUCAUGAACUAUGCCAAUGACUUGGCUAAGGUUGAGGCCUACUUCCCCAAACAGAAGCACAAUCUUCUCUACUCGUCUAGUUCGGGAAAUAUUCUUUCAGCGUUCUCGCGUAACUCAAGCCCAAAAGUCCAAGAACUUGAAGAUGACGACCUGAUCUCCAUUCCUCCGCUGUUGGUUUCGCUUCCUGAGCUCUUGAACCAGGUUCCUUACUACAAGCAGCUUAUGCAUUUCUGGGUGAAUGUGGCAGCUGAAAACCUUUCUGCUGCUCCUUCCCAUAUCUACAAAGAUAAUCCGUUCAAGGUGUUGCUUCCCCAAAUGGCCAUGGAAUACCCAGCGAUAUUAACAUCUAUUUUGGCAUUUGCAGCCACUUCAAUGGCCCUGAUUGCUGGGAACAAGCCUCCUACAGAAAUUGUUGAUCAGUUGGUAGCGAGAUCUUGCGCCAUGCUCUUGAAAAUGCUCAAAGAUAAGGAUGAGGCCACCUCGGACGGGACCUUGGCUACGGUGUUAUUACUUUCCUGCUACGAGCUGCUUGUUGGUGACAACUUUGAAAAGCAUCGGGCCCACGCUCUAGGAGCUCGGCAGAUUAUAAUGGCUCGAAGGCUUCCAAUUGCUCCGAAGCCCGUGGAAGAGUCUCCCACCGAUUCACCGGAUUCUGCUCUGUCAAAAGAUUCUACCUUUGUCAACAGCGAGAGUGACAUAGCAUUCUUCCUCAUGAGAUGGUUUGUGUAUAUCGAUGUUAUCGGGGCUUUAUCUGCCACCAGAGGUGCCCAAUAUUACUUAAACCAACCAGACGGGGAUCAUGCCAUUACUGAUUCGUUAAACUCGGUAUAUCCACAAAACCCCGAUACGGAAACCAUUGACCCCAAAAAGGAUAUCGACUAUAUGCUUGGAUUCGAUGUGAAGUUCCUAACUCAUUUCACCGACAUCGUCAUGCUUAUACGGAAGAUGAAUACCUAUCUUGAAGGGUCCGACCAGCAGAAAAACAAUAUACCUAUAGACAUUGUCACUCGAGCUUUGGAAGUCAAACAGGAGUUUUCUGUCACCUAUGCCAAUGGAGAAGCAAGAAGACAGUAUAUCAUUGACCGAAUGAGCGAUUAUACUCAUCGUGAAGGCGCCAGCGAAGGAGAAAUGAGCAGAAAGUCAAAAAGAAUGAAGAACUUGAUCCGCCAAGAUAAAAUUUUGCGGAGUACUAAUAAACUCUUCUUCAAUAUGGGGCUUUUGAAUCUCUACCGAAGAGUAUUGAGAAUACCCAGAGAGUCCAAAAUUAUCCAACAGUUAACCCAUGAUAUGGGUCAAGAGCUCGUAAGUACUAUAGCCUCCAGCAGCUCGGCCGAAGUGUGUUCGAUCUUCUGUCUUUUCUGUGCUGGAUGUGACACUUUAGACGAUGAUAUGAGACAGCUCUUCAAAACACGGUUUAUUACCUUGUCAGAAAAGGGAAACGUCCAUGCCACCAAAAGUUUGCAAAUCAUGAGCCGGUGCUGGUCCACUGGCGAAGACUGGAUCGAGGCUUCUAAGAGCCUUGACAUUGACCUCACAUUAUUGUAAUUGAAGAAGUUUCUAUAGAAUUAAUGAUAUAGAGUGUCAGCCUUCA